UCUGUCUGAAGGUGGGAGAUAGAAUUUUCCGUCUGGCUACAGCUGAGGUGGGGGGGCGGAGGGGGGAGAGGGAGUGGGAUGAAGAAUGAGGGAUGAGGCUGCACUUGACUCCUCCUUCUCUGUCUGGCCCUCCCCGACCACGCAGUCUUGACGUCCUCAGGACUGGGAUCUGCAAACCCCAGUGCACCGAAGUCAGGGCUGGGAUCUGCAACCCCCAGUGGACCGAAGUCAGGGCUGGGAUCUGCAACCCCCACUGGACAGAGGUCGACCUACUCCGACGGCGAGCUUUCUCAGGAGGGCACCUGUUGCAGAGGCUGGAAGUGAAAUAAAGGCGUGCACUUGUUUCCUAGCUUAUGUUUUAUAAUCUAAGAAAUAAGGGGUGAGGGACUUUGAGAAGGGGCUGUGGUUGAGAUCCGAGAAGUGAGUUUAAGGGAUAUCUUUACAUUUUUUUAUUUGAGUAUGAUUGACACACAAUUAUUUUAAUGGAUAUCUUAUUAUCACAAAUCUAUGAGACUUAGACCUUUGCACUCUAUUUUGAGAGCCCAGUAACAGCCCCACACACAAUUUCACCUAGAAUUCAAAGCAACAGUUGCCCUCCCUCCUGUAAGACUUACAGGAGUGAUGGAUGUAGCUCUGAAAAGUACCCUGCUAGCACAAAGACAUCCAGUAUCUCCAGAAAGUUGUAAUAGCCAGUCUCCUGCAGCAUAUUUUUAGGUCAGUUAGCAAAUAUAAAAUGUAUUGCAGGGUGUUCAUGGAAGUAGAGAAACUGCAGACCACUUCCCUGCAAUCUACUACUUACUGACCUUUUCUUCCCCCUUUUCUUUACGGUCCCUAUUGAGAUACAAGGAAAGCAGAGCCUGGGAACAUUGCUUUGGGGAUUCCUCAUACAGAUUAGGCUUUUCUGAAAAGCCUGAGCAUCUUGUUAUAUUCAGAUAGAAGAUCAUCCACCAUCAUGGCUAGCAUCAUUGCAUGUGUGGGUAACAGCCAGAGGCAAAACACACCCUGGCCACCUUGGGCCCAUUCAAUUUUGAGGUCUCUGGGGAGGAGUCUUGGUCCUUUAAGUGUCAACAUGGCAGAAAGAAAUGUGAAAUUGUUCUCAGGGGGAGUGGUGCCAGCCCAAGGGGAAGAAACCUUUGAAAUGAUCCAAGUCAAUGGGGUCCUGCCCAAUUGGAGUAUGUCUGAGGAGGAAAAGCUCAAGUGCUUGAUGAAAACCUUUAGGGGCCCUGCCAGGGAGGUCAUGCGUUUGCUCCAGGCUGCCAACCCCAAUCUAAGAGUGGCUGAUUUCUUGCGGGCAAUGAAAUUGGUGUUUGGGGAGUCUGAAAGCAGUGUCGCUGCCCAUGGUAAAUUUUUUAACACUCUGUAGGCACAAGAGAAAGCCUCCCUUUAUGUGAUUCUUUUAGAAGUGCAGCUUCAGAAUGCUAUUCACGCAGGGAUCAUAGCUCAGAAAGAUGCAAACCAGACUUGCCUGCACCAGCUCCUUUUAGGAGCUGAGCUGAAUAUGGACCUGCAUUUUAAGCUGAAACAUCUUCUUAGGAUGUAUGCAAAUGAUCAAGAACAUCGUCCUAAUUUUUUGGAGUUAAUCAAGAUGAUAAGAGAGGAAGGGGAUUGGAAUGACACUUUUAUGAAACCGAAGAGACUCAAAAGGUCUGGGCUAAUCUUGGAGAGGGCAGCAAGCCACAUGGCAUUUCAGGGCCCUCAGCCAAUAGCAAUCAGCAAUGAUGACUGCAAUGUGAUAGAGGUAGAUGAUACUCUUGAUGACUCAAAUGAGGAUGUGAUCCUAGUUGAGUCACAGGACCCUCCACUUACAUCCAUGGAUGUCCCUCCUCUCAGAGGCAGGACCAGAUGUCUGGAUCAAAUAGUGGUUAUUGAUUCUUCCAGCAGUUCUGUGGCUCAAUCUCCUUCUACCAGUGGGGGUUCUGGGUAUAAAAAUCAUGGUCCUGGGGAUAUGCGUAGAGCCAGGAAGCGAAAUACAGUCUUCUGUUCAUAUUGCGGUGAGGAGGGCCACUCAAAGGAAACCUGUGACAGUGAGAGCAACAAGGCUGAGGUGUUUGAGAAUCUGAUCAUCAUUCUGCAGGAGCUGACACAUACAGAAAAGGAGAGGUCAAAAGAAGUCCCUAGCAGACACAAUGACCUCUCUGGGCCUCUAGUAAGGUGCUAGACCCAGCCCUAAGUGAACCCUUUACUGUAUUCAGAUGGGAAACUGAGAGUGGGUAGACUUCUAUCUGCAUUAAUUAAUCCAUAAAUUGGCUUUAUUUUGGACUGAAGAGGUCUUGGAUACCACCAAAGUGGAGAGGAUGGCCUGCCCUCUGUCCCUGCUAAGGGUCUGUUCUCUGCCUGUGUCCAUUUCCUUGGUGACUUUAUUCUUCUUAUGAAAGAAGUGUUACUCUGUUAAACCUUCACAAAAUGAAAGAAUAUACAAAAAAUACAAAUUACCUGAAACUCUCCAUCCUUAUAUAAACAUUGUGAGCCCUUUGAUAAAUGUCCUUCUAGAUAUUUCCCUAUAACUGUGUACAGGUAUGUAUAGAUAAAAGUGAUCAAAUGUAAGUUCUGUUCUAUACUGUGUAUUUUUCAGCAAACAAAUAUAUGUUGUGGAGUUCUAUGUCAAUGAAUAUAUACAAGCAUCAAGUUCAAUGUCUCUGUGUGUGAUGUAACUUUUAGGAAUAUAGAAGAAAAAAAUAAGAACCAAAUAUAGAAGCUCUAAUGGGGGUGGGGUCAUAUUGUGAAAUGGAGUUUUUUACCAGCGUCACUUACAGAUGAGGAAAAGGGAAGCUGAAAUGGGCUGAAUAUCUCCCCAAAAGCCCCUUAUCACAACUGACCUGGUCCUAGGUCAGGGUCAAAUCUGCAUCCACUAGUUAAUAAUAUCCCAAUGCUUUCUUCCCUAAUGCAUCCUGAGAAAAGUGAUCAUGGACAAGGGUUGGGAGAAAAAUGGGAAAUGGGUAUCUCAGGGUUUCCAUUCCUGUUCACUUUGGGAAGGAGUGCUCUCCCUCCCCUGGGUAGAUUCCUUAAACUGCUGCUACUGCUUCUUCUGGGCAAUACCUGGUGGCACCAAUAAGACUGUCCUUUGGGCUGACACUACCCUAUGCUUCUUCCCUCAGUACUGAGAAAGCAGCUACUCAUCAGAAUUUAGUACCAGGAACCUCAGCACCUCCCAAGCUCCCCCUGGCUACAUUGUAGAGGACAGCAGCCCAAGGACUCUAAGCUAACCUUGUUCUGAUCCAACAAAUGGGAAUACCCAAGGAAGGAUGUAAAGGAAUCUGGGUGCCAGGGAAUAUGAAAAUACAUGGGAAUUAGAAAGCCCACAUACUCUUUUUAUUUUUUAGUGUUUAUUUAUUUUGACUGGGGAGGGGCAGAGAGAGAACCCCAAGCAGGCCCUAUGCUGUCAGCUCAGAGCUUAACAUGGGGCUUGGUUUCAUGUACCAAGAGAGGCAGAUGCUUAACCUACUAAGCCACCCAGGCACCCCUCCAUAUACCCUUUUAGAACUGAGGACAUCAAUAGGAAAGAGAGAUCACGGAAGGACCUUCCUGGACACCUGUUCCUGCCCCAUCUCAUGGCCUCACAUUGGAGAGUGAUAAAAAAUGACCCUCUGUCCAUAAGGGUCUCCCUGUUCUUUGUAGGUAUAUCAGUUCCUAUCCUUGUGAGCAAGACAAGGUUGAUAGGGGAUGUUUUAAUUUAAAUCAGGGGAUAGAGUGGAAUGAAUACAGACCUGAGGGGGGUUGUGAGGAAUGAAAUAUGGCUGAGAGGACAGAGUGUGGCACGGUGGAAGGUAGUGUGUGGAGGAGAGGAAGCAUAGAGCUGUAGAGAUUGGGGGGAGGAGAAGACAGGGAGAGGAGGGGAGGGCACCUUGACUGGGCAGGGGAUUCACAUCUAGACUGGUAGGAAUGGCAGACUCCGGAGGUUUCACACAGAACCCUGGGCUGUGUGGUCCUGAGGGAAGAAGGGUAUUGGGGCUCUAAUUAUGCUAGCAGUUAAUGGCCCCUCAACAGGGACAAAGGGGUGCAGGCUCAGGCCUCUGGGGAGGGGUAGAAGCCAGGCACUGCAAGAAGCCCACUGCAGCCUUCCCCGGACUGCCAUACCCAGACCCUGCCAUGAAGUGCUUCUCCUUCCAGAAUCAUCCCCAUCAGCUCCUCCCUGGCUUCUUGCUCCUGCUUUGUCCCUGACCCCUUAAUCUGACCUUUUAACCCACCUCUCCU